GUAUUCUAAGGUCAAAGAUAAGUGAGGAAUGUUUCUAUUAGCAUAGUGAAACUCAUCAAAAUGGCUUCAACCACAGUAGAAUUCGCCGUUCAAAUGACAUGUGAGUCUUGUGUAAAUGCAGUUAAGAAAAGUUUAGCAAACAUCAGUGGUGUUCAGAAUGUACAGGUUUAUUUGGAUGAGCAGCGUGUAGUAGUUCAAAGUACUUUACCAACGCUCCAAGUGCUUAAAGUUUUAGAAUCAACUGGAAAGAAAGUAGCAGUUAAGGGGUAUGCCGGGGGACAAGCUGCAGUAUCAAUUUUGGAAGCUGGUAAAGUAGGCUUGCAGGGAGUAGUCAGACUUAUACAGCCAACACCAGACAUUUGUAUAAUCGAUGGAACUAUUGAUGGGUUGGAAAAGGGUUCAUAUAGAGCGUUUGUACAUGAGUGUGGUGACAUAUCUCAAGGAUGUGAAAAUGUAGGCAAUAUCUUCAACCCUUUAGCAACUCAAAAUGGUCGAUUAUAUGGUGAUUUAGGUACUAUCAACAGUGAUGACAACAAUAGAGCAGUAUUUAGAUUUGAGGACAAAGUUAUCAAAGUGUCUGAUUUAAUUGGGAGAGCUUUUGUUGUGGCCAAAAAUUCUGGAAGCGAAGAGGCUAAAAGAGUAGCUUGUGGGGUUAUUGCAAGAUCAGCUGGUCUAUUUCAAAAUCCAAAAACCAUUUGUGCCUGUGAUGGAACAACAAUAUGGGAUGAGGCUGGAAAAAAGUCAGCACUAUGAAAUAAGUUUAAAAAUGAGAAGUAAAGAAUUAAAGGGUCCAAUGCAUAUAUCAUGUCUUCAGUAUAAAAGUGCUUUUUCUAGUUAAUUAGCUUCUAAACAAUCAGUUAAUGUAAAAUGGUACUUACUAGUAGUUACUUCUUGUGGAAGUGAUAUAUUGCAUUGGGAAAUAUAGCAGACAGUAUCUCAUAUUCUAUUCUGCAAACAUUAAUCUUUAUAUGCUCACCUAUUAUUGUAGGAAUGCAUUAAUAACCUAGAAUAUAUUGAUUAAUGAGUAGAUAUAUUAAGGUUAUCAAAAUAUGAUACAGAAUUGUGAUAUUAAUUGAGUAAUAAAGGUUUUAAAGCUAAUACUGAACAAACACUGUAACUAAUAUAUAUUUUUGAAAAUAAAUAUAAAGUUAGUUCUUUUACCAACUAUGUUUCUUAGUAACCUAUACAUUUGAUACCCAAAUUGUACUAGUGUUUUACAUGAAGAAAUCAUAUUGUGUAAGAUCUCACAAUACUUGCUUUUCAUUUUCCUCUGACUAAAAAAAAGUAUGUAUGUGGACAUGCUUCUAAAGCUGUAUUUGGGUAAGUAUUUUAAACACAAAGAAAUUUGUUAAAUAUGUUCUAAUAUCAUAUAUGUAAAAACUAAAAUUGUGGAAAGGUAUACCAAUAAAGUAAACUGUUUUU